AUUGGCCGGAGCUGCCGUCAGUCAGCGGGAACAGACUUACCCUCUCCAUCUGGGCCACCGAGGGCCAAAAACUCUCGAGAAUUUCCAGCAGACGAGCCAGUGGCUAUUCUGACUGCUUGUUCCAGAGAUCAGAAACAUCGGAGAAAAAAACCUAAUCGACCAAGAAAGCCCCUCCCCGCCCUCCGUUAGCUAAUUAAAAAUUUUCCAGGGGCAUAACCAGCACGAGUUGCAUCCUUUUCCUUGAAGACAUCCCAUUAGUAUUCCACAGAGCCUUCCCUCGUUACUGAGUCCUUUGGAGCUGAGUUAUGUCAACAGCUGCCUUAAUUACUUUGGUUCGAAGUGGUGGGAACCAGGUGAGGAGGAGAGUGCUGCUAGGCUCCCGCCUGCUGCAGGACGACAGGCGGCUGACGCUCACAUGCCACGGCUCCACUUCAGAGCCCCGGUGUUCUCGGUUUGACCCAGAUGGUAGCGGGUGUCCAGCCACCUGGGAUAAUUUCGGGAUCUGGGAUAACCGCAUUGAUGAACCAAUUCUGCUGCCACCCAGCAUCAAGUAUGGCAAACCAAUUCCCCAGAUCAGCUUGGCGAAUGUGGGCUGUGCCUCACAUAUUGGCAAACGGAAAGAGAAUGAAGACCGCUUUGGCUUUGCCCGGCUAACAGAUGAGGUCCUGUACUUCGCGGUGUACGAUGGACAUGGGGGACCUGCAGCUGCUGAUUUCUGUCACACACACAUGGAGAAAUGCAUCAAGGAUUUGCUUCCAAAGGAGAAGAACUUGGAAACUGUAUUGACCUUGGCUUUUCUAGAAAUAGAUAAAGCCUUUGCAAGGCACGCCCGCCUGUCUGCUGACGGUUUUCUAAUGUUUGAGCACAAUUCCUGGGUGAAUUUCCUAUUUGCCUCUGUGCGUGUUAUUUGUGGCAGAGAACUGUGCCUGGUCAGCAGCUCUAGACCUGGAGCCCGUGGACACUAUAUGCUGGGCUUCAGUGGAAAGAGAGAUCUGCUUAAUUUUGUCCCAGCCACGCUACUGACCUCUGGGACUACUGCCACAGUAGCCCUAUUGCGAGAUGGUAUUGAACUGGUUGUAGCCAGUGUUGGGGAUAGCCGGGCUAUUUUGUGUAGAAAAGGAAAACCCAUGAAGCUGACCACUGACCAUACUCCAGAAAGAAAAGACGAAAAAGAAAGGAUCAAGAAAUGCGGUGGUUUUAUAGCUUGGAAUAGCGUGGGACAGCCUCAUGUGAACGGCAGACUUGCGAUGACAAGGAGUCUUGGAGAUUUGGAUCUUAAAACCAGUGGUGUGAUAGCAGAACCUGAAACAAAGAGGAUUAAUCUACAUCAUGCUGAUGACAGCUUCCUGGUGCUCACUACAGAUGGAAUUAACUUCAUGGUGAAUAGUCAAGAGAUUUGUGACUUUGUCAAUCAGUGCCAUGAUCCCAGCGAAGCAGCCCACGCAGUGACUGAACAGGCAAUACAGUAUGGUACCGAAGAUAACAGUACUGCAGUGGUAGUGCCUUUUGGCGCUUGGGGAAAACACAAGAACUCCGAAAUCAACUUCUCGUUCAGCAGAAGCUUUGCCUCCAGUGGACGCUGGGCCUGAUUGCUUGCUGGGACUCUUGAGUUUCUCUGUGCCACAGUUUUCUCCGGAGUAUGUCAAGGAACUGAUUAGAUUGAAAAGUAGCUGUACCAGAGUGACCCUGUGACUCACUGGGUCAGUAGCAAGUCAGUGUAACUUCAUAAUCAUUAACAUAGAAGUUUUUCACAAAUCCCUGUCGGUGUUCAACUGUAUAUUCUCAGUAUAAAUAUCUGUAUAAUUCAGCUAUUGUAAGUCUCUAAGUUGAGUGAGCAAAUGAAAAGUGGUUUUGAUACACUUGCUGAAUGUUAAAUUUCUAAUUUUUAAAACUCUUAGGCAGCUUUGAGUUUCUUUUGAUCAUUUUUGUUCUUUAUUCAUUUGAACAGGUUCUUUAAGUUCUUCAAAACUAGUCAGUAUUUUGACAGCUACUCAAUGUGUUAUCUACAAGUGUUUGUUUUUAACUGUACCAAGGAAUAAGUGUGAAAACUGAGUUCUCUGUUAUUAUAUUUUGUAUUCUGGACCAUUAUUGGUAAAUGUAACAAUGAAAAAGAAAUUAAUUCAGAUACUAUGACACUGCUAAAUUGUAUACAUAUUUAUAAAUAGUGCACUUGUGCACUUGUAUAUUUCAACUGUCACCAGUUCCCCCCUCGCCCCCUAUUCAUUCCUAUUUUUCUACAGCUAAGAAUGCUCUAUAGGUAUUCCUUCAAUCAGAGAAGACUACACAGGCUAGGAGUCCUUUGGUCAAAGCUAUACAAAGUUAAAUACUGACGGUAUCAAGUAUUUUGUUUAAAGUUUCCAUUUGUCAUCUCUAACUCUGUUUUGUGUUUUAUAUGUAGUAUGUUUUAUAAACUUACUACAUAUAAAACUUUAUUCACUUUUUGUAUAGAGUUAGCAAGUUGGAUAAUUUGUCCGUAAAAAUAAUACCACACUGACUGACACUACUACAGACAUAGCUCGAGGUGUGCUUAUUUCUAAGACUCAUUAGAAAGAAUAAAUCUAAAACGAACAUUAAAAAAUUCUGUAUUUCAGCUUGCUAUGUAAUUUAGGAGUAUAAAACUAUACGUCCUUACAGCUGCAUGUUUUCUGUUAAAAUGUGAAUCUCUAAAUAUGUUUGGAGUUAUAUCUGCAGUUUAUUUCUGCAGACAAGGUAAAUUUGUUAUAUGUGUGGGUGUAUGUACAUAUGUAUAUUUUGGAGUAAUAGAAAAUUAAAGGGAACAAUCCUGUGUAGCUCCUUCACCAGUUAGCUUUAAAUUAUUGAUAUGUUUAUCCCUAAGGACUCUUGACAAGCUGACACAGGUUUUAUAAUGGAGAACCAAUGGUUAUUAGUAAAUGAAGAAAGAGAUAAAAAUGGCUGUAGGAGAUAUUUUAUGGUGGGUAAAAUGUGGAAAACCCAGGAAGAGAACCAGCGUGUUGAAGCUACACUACUAUAUGGUAAUUUGCAUGUAAAAUAAUAGGAUGUGAGAAAAAUACUGAGCGUUAAGAAUGGCAUGGAGAUUUGUUGUAGAAACAAAAGAAAAAGAAACCAAAAAGAUAAAGUUGGUGUAGUAUAUACCUUCAACUCUCAAUUUUCAGGGUUGACUUUUUUUUCAUUAAGUUUUAUUUAAAGGCUUAUUAGAAGGAAGCGGGCCUAAUAUAAAUAUGCAUAUCUUCUCACCUCUUUGAGAAUGGAAGAAAAAUAAAUCUUGAGUUUUCCUGCCUAUAUCAAUCAGGAGUUAGUUGUCCUUUGAAAAAGUGGUAAAGAAAUAUUUCAAUUUUUUUUUUGAGUAAGUUUGGUGAGAGAAAGAGAAACAUUACAGGAAAGAGUAUCGUCUCCUAUUUGUUGUCUGAGAAGUGAGGAACCAAAGGUAGACUAAGAAAGCUAGAAAACUUCCUUACUCUUUCUGAGUCAAGUCUUGGAACAUAAAUAUGGAAGCUACGUUUAGGAGUAGGGAGAAUUUCCCAACUGACAAGCAAACCAAAACUCUAAAGCACAAGAUGACAUUUUAAAGAUGUAGGUUCAUUUUUGUUUGAAUUCUUCACAUUACCAUUCCUCUCUUUUAGUUUAAAAAGUAACAGUGGGGGUGAUGUUGUCAAGUUCAAAGGUCUAAGAGUCCUUGAUGCAUGAGGUGGAUUGCCAGGUUUGACAGAGGAAUUUGUAGGACUUGUUGGUAUUGGUCUGGGGCAGACUUUGCUCUGCCUCACAUGAAAAGCUUUUAAAACGUGAAACCAGUCAACUUUGACUGAAGCAUAAAAACAUACUGGUGUUUAUUUUUCAAGCCACAAUGUUGAAGUAUAACUUGUAGAUUAUUAUAAUCAUAAAAGAUAAGCAUACCUGUAUUAGGCUUCUGUAUUACUGGGAAUUAUGCAAAUAGUAGUGAAAAAAAGGACUGUCCUAAAUACGGUUUUUUGUUAUAACUGAAUUUGCCAUGUGGCUAAUACCAUGUGGUAUGAUGUAAAUUAUAUUAAUGUAAUUAAACUUAAAUCAAUUACAUUCAUGUUUGCCUUUAUUUAUACAUAGUUAUAUAAAUCGCCUUUCUAAAAUGUGUUGCCAAACUUUAUUUGCCAAUUUACUUGGCAAAAUAUUCUUAAAAUCAUUGUGACUUUUCGCAAGUUUUUAAGUACCUUAUAUAUUCAAAUGUAAAUACAGUCCUGCUUUCCAUCAACCCUUUAUUUGUUAGGUCUUUAUGUUUCUUAAGUGCUUCAAAGUCUUAUGCACUUUUUCUGAAAAACAAAAAUUGUUUUGGAGGGAUCAGUUCUGAAUUUCUGUACUCUGAUAGGAAUUUUUCUCAACUUCCAACAUUAAAAAAAAUUACUUACUUUGAACAAUUAUUAGCACUCAAUAUACAGAUAAAUCAUUUUUUCAAAGUGGAAUUGAUUUUUUUUUUUAGAAUCUUGGCAGAGAAUGAGUGGGCCUAUGCUAACUCUUCAAUAUCAGACAGGACAUUUAGUUUCUUUUGUAAGGUUGGACAAGGAUUUAAUUUCACAGUAAUAUGACAAGAAAUUGCUUCAAGGCGGGAUGAUGGGAAAGGAUUGUUAAUGUGGAGAGUCAAACAACUAAACACAAAUAUGUAUUUGUAUUUUCCUUUAGCACCUCAAUUGUUCACAUACCUAUGUCUGUGGAAAUUGACAUAAAAUUUUGGUUGGCUUACAUUUUAUUGUAUUUAUUAAAUUCACUUAUCUGGAUGACUUAAGCAGAAAUAAAAAGUCAUGUCUUUAUAAGCCAAA